UCCUCCCGCACGUGACUUGCUCUGUGGGCGCCCGGGGUCGAGGAAGUCGAGAGGCCGGAGCUUAGGUCCAGGAGGGAUGGAGCGCUGAGCCGUUAACGUCUGUCAGGCUGCUUGCCUUUACACCUGCUGCUGCGGCUGCUUCUUCGUUUGACACCUUCCUGGCCUCUCUCCAUUUCCUAAGAAGUGGUAGAAAACAUGACUGAAUUCUGGCUUAUAUCUGCUCCUGGGGAGAAAACUUGUCAGCAAACAUGGGAGAAACUGCAUGCUGCAACUACGAAGAACAAUAAUCUUGCUGUCACUUCCAAGUUCAACAUUCCUGAUUUAAAGGUCGGCACUCUGGAUGUUUUGGUUGGCUUGUCGGAUGAACUGGCUAAACUGGAUGCAUUUGUAGAAGGCGUGGUUAAGAAAGUGGCUCAAUACAUGGCUGAUGUAUUAGAGGAUAGUAAAGAUAAAGUUCAGGAGAAUCUGUUGGCCAAUGGAGUUGACUUGGUUACUUACAUAACAAGAUUCCAGUGGGAUAUGGCCAAAUAUCCAAUCAAGCAAUCUCUUAAAAAUAUUUCUGAAAUAAUUGGCAAGGGAGUAACUCAGAUUGAUAAUGACCUGAAGUCUCGAGCAUCUGCAUACAAUAACCUGAAAGGGAAUCUUCAGAAUUUGGAGCGAAAGAAUGCAGGAAGUUUGCUAACGCGAAGUCUGGCAGAAAUUGUGAAGAAGGAUGACUUUGUUCUUGAUUCAGAGUAUCUUGUCACAUUACUGGUAGUAGUUCCCAAGUUAAACCACAAUGACUGGAUUAAGCAGUAUGAAACAUUAGCUGAAAUGGUUGUUCCAAGAUCUAGCAAUGUUCUCUCAGAGGACCAAGACAGUUACCUUUGUAAUGUCACCUUGUUUAGGAAGGCGGUUGAUGAUUUCAGACACAAAGCCAGGGAAAACAAAUUCAUUGUUCGUGACUUUCAGUAUAAUGAAGAAGAGAUGAAAGCCGAUAAAGAAGAAAUGAACAGGCUUUCUACUGACAAGAAAAAGCAAUUUGGACCACUUGUACGGUGGCUGAAAGUGAAUUUCAGUGAGGCAUUCAUUGCGUGGAUUCAUGUGAAGGCAUUAAGGGUUUUUGUUGAAUCUGUUUUAAGGUAUGGCUUGCCAGUGAACUUCCAAGCAAUGCUACUUCAGCCUAAUAAGAAGACAAUGAAGAAACUGAGAGAAGUAUUAUAUGAACUGUACAAACAUCUAGACAGCAGUGCAGCAGCUAUUAUUGAUGCUCCUAUGGACAUUCCUGGCUUGAACCUGAGUCAACAAGAAUACUACCCCUAUGUGUACUAUAAGAUCGACUGCAACUUGCUGGAAUUCAAGUAAAGAUGAGCUCCUCCCCAGACAAUCCUGACCUCGUGUUGGUGUAUACUAACAGACAGGUUGCAGUAUGACAGUACUUUUUACCCUCUUAGCUUUUGCUUGCUCCUUACCCUUCUCCCUUGGUGAGUUCUCCCACAGUGGUCCUUAGCUCAGUGUUUUCUUUUUAAAAGAGAAAUACAUAUUGUUUCUUUUUAUUGAUCAGGUCUGUAAAUGUGUACUAAAAAAAAUCAAGAGUUUAUUUAUAAACAGAAUAGUUUAUUUAAAGAGCAGGUCGUUUCUUCACUGAUGUUGUGAUAUGCAUUAAUUCCAUUUGUUAUCAUUGUGCACAAAAGCCUUGUUUACAAGGGAAUGGUGUAAACAUACCAUGUUGUUCAUUGUGUUUAGUGGAUAUAGUUGUUUAAUAGUUACAGAAUUGUGAUGUAAAGAAAUGUGACAAUAUUCAGGUAUGUGCUUUCUGAAUGUUUCAAAUUAAAACCUAUAAGCACUGUCAACACCCACAGGAGAAAAUAAAAUUACCUGUGCAAAGGUGUAUUGUGGUGUGUGUGACUUAAGAAGAUUAUAGUUCACUGUGAGAGUUUAAAUAAAUGAUGUUAUGGCUAA